CUUUCCACCUCAGUAACACUUGUUCCUUAAGACAACAGUGGUCGGGAAAUCUAGUCGAGCGGGUAACACGAACGGAGAAAGGCAUGAGGCAAACUGUCUAAAAGUGUAAAAAAAGUGAACGCGUGUGUGGAGUGCCUUUAACAUAAACAAACCAACAAACAAGCACAUAACUGAACAGAGCAAAGCGGAAUAGCUGAGACAUACGGACGGACGGACAGAAGCAUCAUUUGCCGCAAAUCGACAGUGUUUAUUUUCAGAUUCUGAAUAAAGAAAACUCGCAGAGAACCGCAUCACAAGAAUUUUCUUAUUGUUGAAAUUUGUGGCUGCUGAGAAAGGUUCAAGGAUACUGCCGUGAAAAUGAAAAUGACAUUCUCCAUACCUGUCUGGAAAUAUGCUCUGCUGACCUUGAGCGUUGCUAUUUCGCUAGUAGCUGUGAUACUGAUAUCGGUUGGUGUCAUUACACUCGGUGGUGCUGGUUCUCCUACGGGAGCAUAUCUAUCCAGUUUUUUGGGAGCUUUGGUGUUUACUCUUUGCACUGCCGGAUGUUUUGCAUCUUUGCGAGAAUCUUAUGUACUGUCUAUGGUGUUUGUAGGUUUGGGAGUAGUCGUUGUGAUCUUUGAGACAAUAUUCAUGAUUUCGUUUGCUGUCAUGAAAGACGAAUUUAUGGAAAUGACAAAAGAGCGUGUCAACAGUACAUGGAAACAAGAACUUAACAAAUCUGGCGCAAUGCAUAGCAUUCAAAUUCAAUACGAAUGCUGCGGUUUGAAAGGCCCAGACGAUUACAAAACUGCUGACUAUAUUAAACUGCCCAAGAGCUGUUGUCGAUUGGAGGACUGUUCGAAUGAAGACAACGUUUUCACCCAAGGCUGUGAUACAAGAGCUAUUAAAUUCAUUGACGACGAAAGUGAUAAUUUGAUUUUGUGCUUGGUGGGAUUAGUGGCUCUUGAGGCUCUUAGCAUCAUAUCUGCCUACUAUUUGGGCAAAGCUGUGCAGUCGAGAGGCAUCAAAUCGGAACAGAUCGUCAUUAACGAGUGAUCAGUGCUAUGACAUCGAAAAUCUUGUUGCAACUUUGUAGAAAUUGUUACUUUUUACGUUAAGCAAAUUGUCUCAUUGUAAGAGAUACCUAAGUAGUUUUCACUGUUCAAUGAUUCAAAACCUAACUAUGUUCUAAAGUUUACAAAUGCAAUUUUUUAAUACAACGUAAAAACA